UGAAGUCUUAAAGCAGCUCUACUGUCAAGAGCCAAAACUCUGGCAAGAUGGUGGGAAUGUCUUCUCCUGGGGGAUGGGGCAAGAGGGACAGCUUGGACUCGGAGAGGACAGAAUGCAUGUAUCGACUCCUUGCCUUCUCAACUCUUCACAGCUUUCUGAGGUCUCGCAGAUACGAGCUGGGGACAGCUACAGUGCAGCUGUCACAGCAGGUGAAGAUCUGCUUCUCUGGGGUCAGAUCCCCUGUGUUUCCCGGGUCACAUAUCAUGCAGGCCCCAAAGGGCUCUGGACCCCCCAGCCUUUUCCACUAGCUGGCCGAAAGGUGAUCAAUGUUGCUUGUGGUGCAUGGCACAUCAUGGCUCUCACCACAAAGAGCAGAAAGAAGAACAGACAGUGUGCUCACCCAGAAACUCAAACUCACUUCAGAGACCUUCCUCACUUCAGAGACCUUGUCAGAAAACCCUCACCAAUAGAACACACAGAGAAAGAAAACACAGCACAGGGCUCCAGACAUGUCCAACACAAACUGGUUCAAGGUCCGGAAAGUCCAGAAGGCUUUGAGGAGCAAGAGACAGAUGAAGAAAGUGAAAGUGCAGAGGAAAAAGAAAGACAUGAACAAAAACCAUACACAGAUGAGGCAAUGUCUGCAACAGAAACGGAUGGGACAGGAAGUGGCCACUCAUCAAUCAAAUCCAAGCAUGGGGAUGAUACAGAGGGUUGUCAGACAGCAGUGCGGUUUGAGCCAAGGAGCAGAACAUGCAGAAAUAGUCAAGGCAGUCUUCAUGUAGUCUUCACUACACUGCAUCUUUUACCUAGGUCAGACGGCAAGCAAUGCAGGCCCACUGCUGGCACUCUCCCCCAGCUAUCAAAGGGACAACAAGCUCAAAGCAGAAUUUCAUCUGGGGCUCAAAAGAGAAGAUCAUAUCUGACCAAAUCAGUCCAAAAAUCUGAAGGCGACAGCAGCAUUUUGCAGAGCCCCAAGCUCAUGCCUGCACCCAGACCUCCUGUGAAAUGUCCUGGAACUCAAUUUGUAACCUCUUGUCACCAUCCAAGAACGGGACCACACAGUGGCUUAAGUCUUCCAUUUACAGAUCUUCUUCAAUCUCCAGCUCUGGACAGCAAGUUCACACAUUCCCUUCCUCCCAUUUGAGAUCGCAGAUUGAAACCUCUCUUUC